AUGAAAUGGGAGUCGCUGUGCAGUGGGUUACUACUCACAGGGGUAGUCUCUGCCAUUGACUAUGGAACUUUCCAAGACCCUGCCAACAACGCUCGUUUGAAAUUUCGAUACUGGCUGCCUGAUGCAAGUGUCGACAUCGAUACUGUGCAGCGAGAUAUCAAGGCUGCUGGCGCGCUGGGUGCGGGUGCUGUUGAGUUUGUUCCGCUCUACAACUAUGGUGCAUCCCUCGCAGCACCGCCAAAAGGGGCUGAUUGGGCAACUUAUGGAUUUGGAACCCCGGCGUUCAACAAAGUGUUCAAGGCAUCUCUCCAAGCUGCCAAGGAUGCAGGAAUGCGGAUGGACUUUGCGCUAGGCCCAAGUGCGGCACAAGGUGUACCAUCGGUGGUUACUGAUCCGGGAUUACACUGGGAUCUGACACACUUUCAUGUGAGCCUUCCAUCAAAUGGUAGCUACUCGGGCCGUAUCCCUGGAUGGGGCAGUGGUAAGCUCGUUGCUUUGGUCUCGGCUAGGUCAACCUCUUCCUCGAGAAUCAUGAACCCAGCGAGCAGUUUGUUUUCUACGCCCGCGAACAAGGCGACUCGCUUGACUAUCGAGACGGACUCUCUUACAGACCACACGGACAAAGUGAAGCUUGAUGGAACGGUGUCCCUGUCGCUGAUCAACGGAUCGAAACAUGGCGGUCACCAUUUGUUUGCCUACUACCAGUAUCAGGACUUGGCCAAAAACCUGGACAUCGAAACCAACACCACGGGAACCAUAUUUGACAACGGGUCGUACACCGUCGAUCAUUACAGUCCCCAAGGUGCUGAAACCGUCAAGAACUUCUGGGAGACCCAUAUCCUCAACGAUACAGAGAUCGUCUCCCUAUUGCACGACGUGGGAACGUAUGGCUGGGAGGACAGCCUGGAGAUUGAAUCAAACAUCUCAUGGUCUCCUUCAAUUCCAGAGCGGUUUGAGAAAUUGAACGGCUAUCGUCUCCAAAAAUAUCUGCCUCUCCUCCAAUACGGAAACAACAAUCCUGGCGUGCAGCCAUCCUACCCUGGAAAACUGAAAUGCGUGUCGAAUGAUGAUCACAGAGGAGAAGGAUUUGUCAAUGACUUCCGCGCCACUUUGGCAGCCGGUUACGGUGAAUACCUCGAUACAUUGACAUCUUGGUUGCAAGGACUUGGGCUGGGCUACUCCGCACAGGUCUCUUAUAAUCUGCCAAUGGAUAUGCAGACUAAUAUCGACCGAGUUGAUGCCCCCGAAUGUGAAAGUCUUGCCUUCAAUGAUAACAUUGACGGGUAUCGCCAAUUCUCAGGAGCCGCGAAUGUUGCUCAAAAGCCGGUGAUCUCGAAUGAGAUGGGUGCUGAUAUGGGAAAAGCACUUGCUCUUCCACUAUCUGAACUUCUGGGUCAGAUCAAUAUUGCCUUCGCCGGUGGCGUGAAUCAAGUUGUGCUACAUGGCCAAACAUUCACCGGGGACUACCUCCAAAGCACAUGGCCUGGGUAUCUCAGCUUUUUCCUCCUCUUCUCGGAGUCUUAUAUGGAUAAGCAGCCUGCUUGGGAGCUGGGAAUGCCUGACAUGAUCAACUAUGUCAACCGGAACCAAUAUGUUCUUCAUAAGGGCCAACCUCGGACCGACGUGGCCCUUUUCAACAAGGUGUCAUACACUGAUCCUCAGCUCAACACUCUGUAUACUGAUGAUGAUUUGAUCGACAACGGCUUUACUUAUACCUACUUGAACCCUACCAAUCUUGAGCUCUCUCAGGCGUAUGUAUCCGAUGGCAUACUCGCACCAGAAGCACCCGCCUAUCAAGCCCUGGUCGUGACCUCUCAAGACAACAUGACACUUGAGGCAGUCUCAAAAGUCCAAGAAUUUGCGAACUCUGGACUUCCGGUUGUGCUAAAUGGGGGCAUGCCGGGAUACUAUCCGAGUGGAAAUGCAUCUGAUCAAGAUGCUGUCGCCACUGCUUUGCAAAAACUGAAGAGCUCUGAGAAUGUGCAUACAUCCACCAAAGGGGGUCUCGCUUCAAAGCUGAAAGCUCUCGGUAUUCGUCCUCGGGUUGAGGUAUCCACUCCCAGCAACGCCACUUGGUACCCGGUGAUGCGCACUGAAAAUUCCACGGACUAUGUCUUUAUCUUUAGCAAAGGUAGCGCAGCCCGGGGGUAUCUCAGGGUGAACUCCACAAAGACGCCGUAUUGUUUGAACAGUUGGACCGGAGAACGAACUGCGUUGCUCAAUUACGAGGUGCAUGAGGGGUAUACAUCAAUUCCUGUCAUGCUCGCCCGAAACCAGACCACUGCCUUCGCGUUCAGUAAUGACUGGGAAACCGAGGCUCCUACACCGGUGUCACAUGCCGUUCACGUUUCUUCUGGGGUGAUAGGAUACAAUUUCACCACGCAGAAGGAACUGGUUGUGCAUGUGGCCACCAGUGCCAACCCUAGGAACCAAAGCUUAAAGCUUUCCAACGGCAGUAGAUACAACAUUUCACCCAACACCGAAGUUUCCUCCUUUGACUUGCGGGACUGGAACCUGAUAGCGGAACAUUGGGAAGCCCCACAGAACAUGUCAGAUGCCACAGUGAUAGCCGAAAAGCGGAAUACAACACAUCAUCUGACUUCUCUGGUGUCUUGGCUGGAUAUCCCCGGCCUCCACAACGCAUCAGGCGUCGGAUAUUAUUCUAGUCAUUUCUCUUGGCCACCGCAAUCCGUGAAGAAUACUGGAUCAAUCGACGGGGCAUAUCUUGCUCUACCGCAAAUAUCGCAUGGCUUGAAGCUUUUCGUGAAUGGCCAGGCAAUGCAUGCUCUAGAUUUCGCGGAUCCCAUGAUUGAUAUUGGCCCGUUCUUGCACAACGGUUCUAAUGUCAUCACCGCCGUUGUUCCCACUUUAAUGUGGAACUACAUUCGAAGCAUCUAUGACGAGCUUGAGAUCUCGGGCUCAAAGCCUCUGUUGACGCCCUUGCCUGGAAAUGUGGAUACUGGCUUCAUCGGUAAUGUCAAGGUCAUUCCGUACACUGCCCAUCACAUCUCACUGUGA